UAAAACCUUAACAACCGUAAUAUUUGUAAACAAAAACAAAAAUCCAUCUCCUGAGUGUUUUCGAAGUAUGGGCUUGAAAAAUGAUUCCUGUUUUUCAUUGUUAUGAGUUUUUAUUUUUACGAAAAUUGGAUAACGAUCCUGAAUUCUGGCUCAAAGUGAAAACCAAUGUUUUAAAAGACAAUGAUUUUUCGUUAAAGUCUGUACCCAAUACUCUGUGGUUUGUUGCUGUUACAAUAUCUGAGACCAAAGAUAGAUUUCCUUCAUUUAUCAAGAAGACUGUAUUAACAAAUCCUUUUUAUGCACCUUCCCCUGCAGAUUGUAUUUUGACCAGAUAUCUCCAGUAUCAUGACUUUGUGGAAAUGCACCUUGACAGUAUCUUUAAACAUGGUGAAAACUGCACUCUUCCAAAAGAACUCUUCAGGUGCCCAAACUUGAGAAUCCUCUCAUUAAAGUAUAAUUUCUUAGAAGAGGUACCACCCGAUAUCGGAAAGUUCCAGAAGCUGGAAUAUUUGGCACUGACAAACAACAGACUCCAGAACUCAUCCAUCCCUUACACUCUGGCUUUCUGCAAAAAGCUAAAAGUUCUGUACUUAGAUUAUAAUCUCUUGGAUGCAUUACCUGGAUUUCUGCUGGUAAUGCCCAGCUUAAAAACUGUACAUCGACAUGGCAACCACAACUAUUUCAAGGCUACAUUCAUGUGGUACCACACGGAUGUGAACGAGAGGAUCCUAGCCAUUCCGGGUAGUGGAUCGAGCCAAUCCAAACUGAGAUCCCUGAAGUUGCUCUCUGCGUCGGCCAUCAUUGCAGCCAAGUUAAACUUCUUUGUUGAUACAUGUGUUCCUUCUUUGCUCAAAGAUUACAUUUGCAGUAUUUAUUAUGAUUUUAAAAUAUGUUAUAAGUGUUUCACAGCCAAUCCCAGAUCCAAAGCAGGUUAUAAAGUCUACACCUUCAAGAAUCCUUACUUGGGAAAUUUUUGUGUACCUUUCCAACAUUGGGCCUGCAGCCUAGAAUGUGCCGAGGCCAUUGAAAUACCAGCCCGGGAAGAACAGCUGCUUGCGGCUAUGGAACAAGACAGAGAAUAUCACAAGCACAUCCAAGAGGCCCACAGACCCCCCUUUGAACAUAAAAGUCUUGUCGAUAACUUCAACUGUUCCAUUUUGUGAUUUUGUUUAUCUCAUUUAAAAUAUGUACAUUAUAUACAUAAAAUGUGUUCGUGUAUAGAAUUUUAAAAUAUAUUUCUGUAUGACUAAAAAUAUAUCUUAAUUAUGAUUGUUUUGUAGACUAAGUCAUUUAUUAUUAUUUAUUCCUAAAUUGUCUCAUACGAUGCUUACGGAUUAUUUUUUAAUCAAUUUUAAGAUCUGAGUACUUUAUGAAAUGUUUACAUAAAUAAAAAAAAUGAACAUUUUACUGUAAAUUUUUCUUGUUUUCUUAUCGUUUUUUAUGUAAAUAAAAAAAUUAGAUUUUUAUACUAGGCUUGCUUUCAAAUAAAAUAAAGAAAUACAUAAUAAGCAGUUAAUCUGAAAAAUCAGUCUAUACAAGAAUUAUAUUCUCCUGAGAACAUAAUUUCUAAAAUUUUACUAGAAAAUUUUAAAAGCUAAAGCUUUACAAUUUUAAAAUUGUCAGUUAUUUGAAAAAGAACCACCCGUCAUCACAUAAAAAGGUGCAUAAAUCUUGUAUGCAUACCAUUUUGGAUGUAUUAAUUCAAUGGUGGAAAAACUAUGCCACUUUUAAUGAUUACAACUGGCAUAUAAAUCAGAUCUGGUAUUAUGGGAAGGCAUAGUUUCUCUUUUAUUAUUAAAUUCUCUCCAUCUUGGAAGGCUAUAAUUUAAUAAAAUUAACUCUCGUUUAAGAUUAAGUAAAUAUUGCACCUAAUGAACUAGGUUCGACUGUAAUCAAUGUUGUUUUUCAAGUUCUGGUGUAAUAUAAAAAUAUAUUUCUAAAAAUAAUUUUAAAUAUUUAUUGAUGAUUAAAUGUUACUUUGUUUAGAGACUUUAUUUAGAAAAAAAUUAAAACAUGUUAUAAAAAUGUUAUGUUUUUUAUGGUUUCAUAAAAUCAUUUAUCAAAAUAAAUAAGCAUUUUUUUUUGCCGUCAAAAUAAAUAGAAGGCCGCCUGCUUCUAAAUUUUUAUAUGUUUUUCCCCAAAAAAUAAAGCCUUUUAAAAGAAGCAUGCAAUGAAAAAGAUUUAUUAUGCCGUAUAAAAUAACUUUUUUUU